AUGAAUGCAUAUUCUCCCGGGGACACUCGCUUUACUUACGUGAUCAACCGCGUGGAAUUUCCCUUUAUACUGGAAUACAAGGACCUGGUCCUUCAAAUCCCCAGGAGCUUCGAUAUCGGCUUCCUGGGGGGAAUCGCCACUGGAGGAUCCGGUAUCCACCUUCGGAAUGUGAAAGGCUUUGCAACUGGGGUGGAUCUUGGAGCAGUUCUCCUGCAGGCUCAGAUCGGGGAAUGCGGACGCAAGACCAAUCCGAUGCCAGGGAUCUCCCCGAGAUCGUUGGAAGAAUGGGAUCAUACUCGAUUUAUCCGAUCCUCACUCCUCUCGCGGGAUCGAUUGACUUUUUAA